AUGCCGCGGAUCUCCAUCACCAGUGCCUCCAGGGGCGCACUCUCUAGGCUUUCGGCCAAAAGGGUUGCUGUCAAGCAGGUAGGUGAAGUUUGAUGAUCACCACGAAUGAGUGAUUUUGGCCGGCAUGCGAGGGAUGAUGGGGGGCUAACGUUGGAAGGCGUUGGAAGUGCCGAGAGGUGGCUUGAAUGGCAGGGCUGAUGCCGACAAGCGGGUGAUUGACGAGAGGGGUAAAGGGGGGAAAGAGGAGGUGGAGAAUAAAGGGGGAAGGGGGCCGAUAAAUCGGACCGGGCGGAAAUCGUCGGCGGGGCUGGAGGCGGAGGAUUAUUGGCCGGAAUUGGUGGGGAUUGGGGAAGGGCAGGUUCAGGUUUGUACUUUCUAUCCCGCUCGUCGAGAUGGGGACUGGAGUGGGCACGGUGGCUGAUGGGGUUUAGAUCUCCAUUGCUCGGCUGACAAAUCUCGCGACCAGACUCCCGAGUCGGAGGAUUGGUUUCUCACCUCGACGGCGGAUCGGGACGGUUCCCAAAAGCUCUACGAGGAUUUCGGAAUUGGAAGAGAGGCCCAAUCUGUUGCCAAAGUUGGACACCAGCUCCGACGGUCUUGCUGCGAUUCGAUUGAUAAACAUGGCGAUCCUCCUAUCUUCUUCCCGCGAAAAAGCUCUGGAAGGGGUUCAGGUGGUAGGGGUCCGGCGGCAGGGCAGCGGGUUCGAAGUUGUCUUCAGAAACCCGGAGGAAAAACUCACCGCCAUGAAGAAUACCUCCUGGGUAUCACUUCUCUCCAGCGGUCCACCUCCUGAUACCGACGAACACGAGGGCGUCCGGAAGGGCUUCGGCCUAGUGGUUCACAGCGUUCGCUGCCGGGGGUUUAUGCAUGCCGCGGCGAAGGACUUGAUCAAACAUUUGUAUACUGAGAAUCCCUGGGACCCCGAAGACGUAACGGUGGUGGACGCUCGGUGGAUCGGGAACGUCAGAGAGAUGGCCUCCAGUAAGCGUGGCUUCCGUUCCCUGCUGCUGUUCUUCAAAACCCGGGAAGCAACAGCCGCGGUGCGGGAAAGCGGCCUCUUCUUUAAUAAGCAAUACUGCCCGCCAGCCAUGGUCAUCCCACUGGUCUCCUCGCUUACUGCCCGGCAGGCGCGCCACAGCGCCGAAGAGGUCACAAGAGAGCGCUUAGAAGCGGGCAGAGAAGUCGUCGUCUUUACCGACGGCAGUAAAAACGGCUUGGAAGCUGGCGCAGCGGUCUGGCGCAAGGCCGACUCCCAAGGGGGCGAAAUCAAGAGGAUGUAUGGCCUCGGCACGAGAAUGUCGAUAUAUGACGCGGAGCUAUACGCCAUCUGGAAAGCCAUAGGUCUAGGUGGUCGCCUAGCUCGUGAACGCAAGGCGAAGAAAUUGACCAUAUGCGCCGACAGCCAGGCUGCUCUCGGUGUGAUGGCCCGUGCCACGGCCGGCCCCGGAAGCCACCUUGCUCUCCGCGGCCGUUCAGAGAUGAAAGACCUUUACCACACACACGGCAUCAACGUUGCCCUCGAGUGGGUCAAGUCUCACGCAGGCAUUCGCGGGAAUAUCCGCGUAGACAAACUCGCGCGGGCAGCGUGCGCGCUCAGGCAGAAGCAGAAGGAUAGCUAUACUAGCGAGAUACUGGCCGAGAGGCUACGGAGGAGGGAGGAGUGGGUUCGGGGGUGCAGGGAACGAAAGUUGAAGGGAUGGAAGGCUGUGGCAGCGGUGGCGGAGGGGGACAACCCGAUGAAUUAUGUGAUUAAUACGGGUUAUGGUAGGUCCCCGUUUAAGAAGUAUGAAGCGCCACUUGUUGUGCAUUAUUAG